CCUCCCUCUCUAUCUCUUUCUUUGUUUGGUGUGUAUUGGUACUCUACUUGACCUGUAGCUCCAGCCAGUCCUUUCUCUAGGAUAUUAUGAUACUCUUUGAUAUUAUAACGUGGCCGGUCCGGGCCCUCUUCUCUCUCUUGUCAUCUCUCCUCAGACUAACCCUCUCCAUCUGUCUCUUCCCGUUUAGACUAGCAGCAAGUAUAGCUAGGUCUUUGUGGAUUAAAGUUUGUUAUGUGUUCCAAUAUGCUGAGAACAAGCUAUCAAUCCUCAAAACAUGGAAGCCAUUUUGUUACCUGUUCCCUCUCACACCAGUCAAUGACAGCUCUGGACCGAUCAAUCAGAAUGAAGGCGAGUCUUCAGAGAUGAAAGGAAACUUAAAGAGUAGGGAAUAUAAAUCACGAUCACCAUCUCCUGAUGAAAUUGAUGAGGGCCAGACUAUUUCAUCAUUAAUACAGGACCUCCUUAAGAUCAGUCAAACUGAAACACAACCACAGGAGAGAAGUGCUGAUAAGAUACAGCUGCUCCUACAAGAGCUGAAUGAAUUAGCAGCUGCUGGUGGACUAACUGGCAACAAUGAUGAUGCCCCAGCUGGUGCUUCUCCUAGAGUCAGUGUCCUAUUGGAGGACCUGAGUACUCUAGAGUCAUACUUAACCCAAUUCAUAUCGGACGAUGAGGAGGGGCACCUACCAUUACCUCCUGACCGGAUGAGCUCUCUUGAAACCAUUCUUGAAGAAACAGCAUCAAAGGAGUCCUCACCGCUACACUGUAGGAGCCCUCUGCCACACAAAGGAAAGAAACCACACCCACUAGCUGUACAGACGAUAGAAGAGGAGCGAGAACUCACCCACUCACAGAACGAGAUCAGUCAGACUCUUCUGCUGUUACAGAAAGUCGCUAAAUCUCACGAACUGAAACAAUCUCUACAACAAAUGUCGGACAUGCACCGCCAGGAGGAGGAGGAGGAGGAGACCACACCCACUACUGGGGAAGGGGUGGGGUCAGAUCAAGAGAAGACCCCACCCGGUUCCGCCAGGGAGAGAAGAGAAUCGUUGAAAAAUCAGCUUGAUUCUUCACAAAAUGAACUGGAUUCACUCAUAAGCUCACUGGACCAACACCAAAAGUUCAUGUCCUCCCAGAGAGAGCUCCAGGAAGCUAUGGAUUCACUGGUUAGUGAGUGGAGCAGGUGCUGUUUGGGAGGGAAAUGGUUUACUAGUAAAAGGUUUCAUCACUUGAAGUGAUUACUGAAGGCUUACAAGUACAUGUACAUUAACAGCUGCUACAUAACAACAACAACCAUUAACAAACAAACAAUAGAUAUUAUAGUGACAGUGUUUAUUAUAGAAAGCUUUGUAUGUUUA